ACGUGUGUUUAGCGUCGAUGGCAGCCAUCAGCCAAGAGCCCCUCUCUAAGUUCCACCAGGAGGGCUUCUGGGUCCUCGAACGGUUCUUCAGCCUGGAGGAAUGCGACGCCAUGAGGGCCCAGAUCCGAAAGAUAGUGGCAUCUAUGGAUGUGCCGGCCCACUGCCGCACGGAGUUUUCAACCCAGGAGUCGGAACAGCUGCAGGCACAGGGGUCUGCCGAAUAUUUCCUCAACAGCGGAGACAAAAUCAGAUUCUUUUUCGAAAAAGGUGUUUUUGAUGAAAAAGGGGACUUUCUCGUUGCAAAGGAGAAAUCGGUCAACAAAAUUGGUCACGCACUGCAUGCCUACGAUCCGGUCUUCAAGCAAAUGACCCACGCAGCCAAGGUGCAGGCUUUGGCAAGAAAUUUGGGCCUGGAAAAUCCCGUGGUGGUGCAAAGCAUGUACAUCUUCAAGCAACCAGGCAUUGGUGGGGAAGUGACCCCACACCAGGAUGCGACUUUCUUGCACACAAGCCCUUUGGGCAAAGUGAUGGGCCUCUGGGUCGCUCUGGAAAACGCCACCCAAGAAAACGGCUGUUUGUGGUUCAUCCCCGGCUCUCACACAACUGGCAUCACGCGGCAGAUGGUCCGAACUCGCCCUGGGACGAUUCCUUGCACCGAUUUCAUUGGCACGGAGAGAACGUAUGACGACUGCCAGUUUGUCCCUGUGCCAGCGGGCAAAGGGGACCUAGUCCUCAUCCACGGCGAGGUGGUGCACAAGAGUGAAGCGAACUAUUCCGAAGAGUCCCGCGAGGCUUACACCUUCCACCUGAUGGAGGACAAGGAUGCUGUUUGGAGCGCCGAGAACUGGCUUCAACCAACUCUGGAGCUGCCUUUCCCAUCGCUCUACACGUGCAACUAAACCCGCAGAAUCUCUCCUUCGGGACCCCCACCCCUCUCGGGGAACGGGAGGGGGCUGAUCUUCGGCUCUGCAUCUGUAACUGGGGAAUUUCAUCUCUGAAUCCGCUGAGUCUGCUCAGGAGAGCAUGAGCUUAAAAAAUCAGUUUGGCGUGGAAUUAAAGCAUCAGUUCGUGACCAAG